CCCCAGCAAAUCGGCUGGUGUAGCUGGCAUCCUGCAUGCCAAUGCCUUGAUGUCACCCACGAAGGCGAGAAGCCUGCUGGAGUUGCCGUAGGGACAGCAGCAGGAUGAGGGGCAGCUUCUAUUAGCAGAAGGGAGGACUAACUUGCUGCUGCUUCCUUCUCUCCUCAGCCUGCCGGGCACCAGAUGCUGCUGCUACUGCUGCUGCCCAUGGUUUGGGCCCCAUUGCUGUCACAUCUGCAGCCCUUGGUUGAGGAUGGCAGAUGCAACCAAACAGAUUGGCAAAGGAAUUCGGCAGUAGGAGUAUCUGACGAGAAAGGACAGCUCCUGAAUGUGACUGUCAGCAACCAGGGUCGCUCUACCUCCCUGUUCCUCACUUGGGAAAACCUCUUGGGAGGUGUCCAGGGCUUCUCCCUAGCUCUUUAUGACACAGAGACAGAUGCUCUGCUGCAGAAUGGAUCAACUGGGCUCAACACCACCAGCUUUUACUUCCAGGGCUUGCUCCCUGGGACACGAUACAGCAUUGAAGUGACUGCACUGCUGGUCUGUGCACAGCACGUCAGUAGGAGAGUCACUGGGCACACAGUUCCUUCCCCUGUGAGGAAUGUGAUCCUGCGUCAGGACAGCCCCUCGGUCUUACUGGCCUCCUGGAAUGAAGCCCCUGGUGGGAAGGAUAACUACCAGCUGGUUCUCUACCAUGUAGACUCUCAGGCACCUGUCUGGAAUGUGACCAUCCCCAAAGAUGCCACUACCUUCCGUUUUGAGAGGCUCCUAGCCGGCAGCGAAUAUGCCCUCCGAAUCACCACGCUGGCUGGGUCAGCCAAAGCAAGCACCAGUGCACGGGAGUGGACAGCCCCUGUUGCUCCCAGGACAUUGGCAUUCCAGAGCAGCAGGUCUACCUCCAGUUUGACUGCUUCAUGGACCAAUGCAGAGGGAGCAGAAUGGCUGCAUUUUACGCUCCGGAACCUCCAUGCUGCAGCCGAGAGGACCACAGUGUCACUCAGGAGGGGCUUGUCCAACUACACCUUCCAGCACCUGCAGCCCGGUACCCCCUACCACCUGGAAGUCAGAGGUACAGCUGGGCUGUAUCUGGUUGAGGGGCCCAACAUCACGGCUUAUACGUACCCCCUGAAGCCAACCAACAUCAGUUUGAUCAAUUCUGGCAGAAGUAACAGGUUGAAGGCCACAUGGAACUCGCCAGCUGGAGAAAGAGACUUCUAUCUGGUGCUGCUUCUGCAAGAGGGAGAGAACAGCACACCUGUCAGAAACACAUCAGUGGGCAGGAACAGCACCCAUGUCACCUUCCAUAGCCUGAGCCCUGGAAGCCGCUACACUGCCUGGGUGACAGCUGUUGCUGGGCCCCAUAAAGCAUCUGCAUGGAGCAAUUCUGCCUGGACAUAUCCCACAGCUCCAUCUGGUGGGACCUUAUCGAGCCAGGGGAAUGGACACAUCCUUUAUGCCCACUGGCAAGAGGUAGCAGGGUCUGGCUAUGUGGCAGCACUAUACAGCACGGAGACCUCUAUGCUGUUGCAAAACAAUUCAGUGACUCGGGGCUCUUCCAGCCUGCGUUAUGGAGGGUUAAAACCAGGCACUCGCUAUGCCUGGGAGAUCUGCACUGUAGCCGGGCCCUACAUCUCCCUCCCACUUCACCUCAGCAACUGGACAUAUCCUUUGCCUCCAGAGCAUCUGAGCCUCAGCAAUGGCGGCCACAGCACACGAUCACUGCAUGCUUCUUGGCAGAAUUCCUCUGGGGGCGGAGGAGGCCGCUAUGUCGGAGUUCUCAUGGAAACCAAAUCCCAGUUGGAGGUAAAAAACGUGUCAGUGGCAGAGGGCCAGACGAAUAUCACCUUUGAAGGGCUGAUUCCUGGACGUCAGUACACUCUGAAGAUGGCGGGAGUGGCUGGACCAUACCAAUCCCUUCUUCAGGCAGUUAGUGACUGGACCUACCCUUUAGUUCCUUCAGGGGUGACACUGGCCAAUAGCAGGUGGUCCUCCAGUCUUGUUGCCUCUUGGGACCCAGGUCAUGGGGACAGAGACCAGCUCUUUCUGCGAUUCUACAGCCGGGAGCACCCCAUGCAGAGGAACAUCACGAUUGGACCCAGCCUGCAGAAUUUCACUUUCAAGGGCCUUCUUCCUGGCAGCCAGUAUUUUUUGGAGCUUAUGGCCCUGGCAGGACCAUACCGGGCGUCAUCGCAGCUGGUGUCUGCAUGGACGUACCCUCUAUCUCUGGCUAACGUGAGUGUGAAAUGCGGCCAGAGCCCCCAGCAGCUGAUUGUGAGCUGGAUGGAAUCGGGGCGAGGACGAGAGUACUGGGUCCAGCUCUACUCGGAUGAAUCCCUCUCCAUUAUCCGGAAUGUGUCAGUGCCACAUGGAACUACCCAGGUGACCCUGGAUAGCCUGGUGCCGGGGACCCGGUACCGGGCUGAGAUUGUCUCCAGAGCCGGACCUCACUACAUUUCCUCACAGACAGCCAUUGGCUACACAGUGCCCUUGAUGCCACUCUCCUUGAUGGCAACCAGUCACGGCUCCUCAAUGUUGACUGUGCAGUGGAAGGCACCACCUGGACAGAGAGAUGGCUACAUGGUCUCUGUGUCCGAAGAGGAAUCCACAGGUACCAGAAGUCAUGUGGCUAUGGAGAAAGCCAGCACUAAUCUCACCGUGGUCGGGCUAACCCCAGGCACGUGCUACCUCAUCGCCGUGUGGUCACUGGCUGGGCCCUACAGCUCUGCUUCCCGGAACAGCACAGUCUGUACAGCCCCUGCUGCUCCUGUGAACCUGACCCUGAGAAACACUGGAAAUUCCUCUGUGCUCUACUCAGCCUGGGCAGAGCCUCCAGGACGCAGGGACCACUACCGGAUGAUCCUGUACAGCCUCGUGCCUCCUGGCCUAGAGAGAGUUCGUAAGGUGGGGCCGGGCACCCAGGACUUCCUCUGGACCGGUUUGCCACCAGGAAGCCAGUUUGCUCUGCAGGUUAUUACAGUGAAAGGUCAAGCUGAGGCCUCCUCUACCAUCGCCGUCGAGUGGACGUCCCCACUGCCUGCCACCUCUGUGCGGAUGUGGAGCAGAAGGCACCCCGACAGGCUGCAGGUGACUUGGUCACCAGCCUCUGGUAGACUGGACGGCUAUGAGUUGAACUUGUACCACUCGCGAUCCAGCACCAGAGCGGCACAAGCUUCUCUGGGGAGAGAUGCCACCAAUUUCACCUUCUCAGGCCUGACACCAGGUGCCAAGUACUUGUGUGAAAUCAUCUCAAGGGCCGGACCCUAUAGGACUUCAGCAGGGAGCAUCAGCGCAUGGACAAGUCCGCUUCCUCCUCGCAGAGUACAUUUGUCCAACAAAGGGCACACUGACAAGCUGAGGGCUGCCUGGGAACCCCCUGGAGGAGACCAAGAUGGCUACGUACUAACGCUGUAUUAUGCUGCCUCAGGCAAUGUGGCAGCAAAAGCAUCUGUGGAGAAGAACGUCACCAAUUUCACCUUCGUAGGCCUCAUCCCAGGAAGUAAAUACUUGCUAGAAGUGGCUUCCAUGGUCGGGCCGAAUCAGAUAUCAGCAGCGAACGUCAGUGACUGGACAUACCCUCUGGUUCCUCGGAAGCUCUCCGUAAAGACUGAGCAGGGAAGUCCUGUCCUGUCUGUGACCUGGGCGAAGCCCCUCAGCAAGCCAGAGCGCUGCCAGCUGCAGCUGUGGCAUCCGGGCAAUAGCACUGCGCUCCAGCAUCACACCCUGACCCAGUGGCAGGUCCGGCAUGUUUUCCAGGGACUGGUGCCAGGGAGAAAUUACUCCGUCUCUCUGAGCUGCACUGCUGGACCAUAUGAGAACAGUUCUGAGACAGUGGCAAUACCAAUAGAGCCCACUCAGGUGAAGGACUUGCAGUGUCUGCCUGACAGCAACAGUGCCUUCCUAAACUGGACUGUCCCCGAGGGAGACAUGGAGUCCUAUGAGUUGGCAGUGAAGGCGUUUCCAAGAGCAGAUCUCCAACAGUCGGUGUUUCUUCUGGCUGUUUCCAGGGCUGACAUCACUCUGGCAGAACUUGCCUCCAACACCUCCUAUGAAGUCAGUGUUACUGCUGUUGGCAGGAAUAGCAUAAAGGGCCCAGCAGCAGCGGUGUUCUGCAAUACAUCUGUGGAAGUCUUUCCUCCUCCUGUGCGAGUGGACACCCCCCAGUUCGAUGCCAGCGCCAGAGUCGUCAUCUCCCCCGAUAUGUUCAGUGAGGAAAACGGCCUCAUAGAGUAUUAUGGGGUUGUGGUCACCACCAAUGAGUCUUUGUUGAGGCCCAGCCAAGACAUCAUCUCUCGCACAUGGUACGACCACUAUUACGGGCAGGAAGACUCAUACUUGGCUGUGUUGGUGCCAAACCCGUUUCACCGGAAUGAGAGCAACAGUCCCAAGGCCUGGCCGGUGAUGGUGGGUGCAGAGGAAUGCAGCCACUCCCGGGAGACCUGCAAUGGGCAGCUGAAAAAGGAUGCACAGUACAGGUUCAGCGUUGCUGCAUUCACCAGAUACAGCCGACAGGCUCCUAAAGUGUCAUUCACAGCGUUCUCAGGUGAGGUGUCAGCAGAUGCCUCUGCAGCCUCUGCUACAUUAUCUGCCCCAGUCGUGGCUGGGAUCAUUAUGGGAUUCCUCAUGACAGUUGUAGCAAUUGCUGGAUGGAUCUACUGGAAGCAUCUGAGAGCAAGGAGAAUGGAAAAGGGUAAUAUACCCCAAGAAAUGGCCACUUACAGUCUGAGAAAUACCCACCGGCCAAUCCCCGUACAAAGUUUCAAACAAUAUUAUGAGACACGGGCAGCAAACUCCAAUCAAGGAUUCUUUCAGGAUUUUGAGGAGCUGAAGGAAGUGGGAAAAGACCAGCCAAAAAUGGAAGCUGAACUUCCUGCCAACACCUCCAAGAACCGAUACCCACAUGUUCUACCAUAUGAUUACUCCCGAGUGAAGCUGAGCCUGCUGGAUGGGGAACCCCACUCUGACUACAUCAAUGCCAACUUUGUGCCAGGUUACAGUUCCCCACAAGAGUUCAUCGCCACGCAGGGGCCCUUGAAGAAAACCCUGGAUGACUUUUGGCGAUUGGUUUGGGAGCAGCAUGUCUGCACCAUUGUGAUGCUGACUGUGGGUAUGGAGAAUGGACGAGUUUUGUGUGAAUACUACUGGCCCUCAGACACCUCUCCUGUCUCUUCUGGGCAAAUCAGCAUCCAUUUGCUUGCUCAGAAUUUUGCAGAGGAGUGGACCACACGAGAAUUCAAGCUCUACCACGAAGGGCUAGAUAUGGAACGAAGAGUGAUCCACCUGCACUACACAGCGUGGUCUAAUCAUGGCAUUCCUGAGUCCACAGCUUCCAUGAUGGCCUUCAUAGAGCUGGUGCGAGCACAUAUGCAGAGUGCAAACGAACCUGGGCCUACACUGGUACACUCCAGCGCAGGUGUGGGCCGCUCAGGCACCUUCAUUGCCCUCGAUUGGCUCCUGCAGCAGCUGAAGCAUGAGAAAGUAAUGGACAUAUUCAAUACCAUUUACAGUUUGCGAAUGAGCCGCCACCGGAUGAUUGAGACUCUGGGACAGUAUAUUUUCCUGCACAGCUGCAUAUUAGAGAAGAUCUUGGAAGACCCACUCAUGGGUCUGUCUGGGGUGGAGCUCUCUCACCCCGUCCCUCUCAAGACGUUUGUUCAGCACCAUGCAAAGAACUGUUCCAAGGCCAAUGCAGGCUUCCUGAGGGAGUAUGAGAUGCUCUUGGAGGUUGCAAAAGAGGAAGUCAACUCAGCGGCUGUACCACUUUCUGGAAGCCAACCGAUGACCCUUGACGCCUGCAAGAUCCCUUAUGAUCGCUCUAAAGUGAAGUUCUUGCCACUGGAUCGAGAUCCCUUCUCAGACCUUGCACAUGUCUGGUUCGUCCCUGGCUGCAACUCAGCCAAGGACUAUAUAGCUAUUGAAGGACCUGACAAGCUGGCCCUGGAGGAAUUCUGGGGGCUGGUCUGGGAACAUGGAGUCCACACCAUCAUCACUCUACUACCGGGGCAGCCAAACAGCCUGGCUCUGGACGACUCAUGCUGGCCCUCUGAUGGUGAACCUGUCUGCACAGAGAUGCUGAUCAUACAGCAAGGCCCAGAGAAAGUUGUUUCAGGAUGGCCGUGUAUUCAGCUCAGAAUGAAAUACGAGAAAAAGGCCAAGGAGAGACUGCUGCAACGAUUCCGGUUCCCUUUGGGGGAAGGAGAGGAGCUGCCAGACCCUGAGAUCCUGGUGGGCUUUCUCACCAUGGUCAGGCAACUAGUGCCGUAUCGAAAGAGAACUAGUCCCUUGGUCCUGCAUUGCAGUUCUGGCGGUGUUGGUCAGAUGGGGAUGCUGAUUGCCCUGGACACCCUGCUGCAGCAAUUGAAAGGAGAGAAAAGUGUGGACGUCUACGGCGUUGUCUUGAGGCUAGUGAGGAGUUGCUGCCUCAUGACUCCAACCCUGGAUAAGUAUAUUUACCUGUAUGAAUGCAUCCGAGACAUCAUCACCCAGAAGCAAGUUUAGCCCUGGUCUCCACUCUGUUCAGUGAUGGGUGGAAUGCAGAGCACAGCAGAAUUGGGGCCCUAGACUGAACGGAGGUGCUCCUAGGCAGAGACAGGCAGCUGCCCCGUGAGGCCUGCUCUUAGUCUGUCUGAAAGGACAGUGAAAUAAUGAGAGCCAGCAAUAGUGAGACGCCUGUGAAGUUCCUAUCUCCUGAUUACGAGGAACUUAAAUCUGCUGACAGCAAACUCCAGUGCCCUAAGGCAGGGGUGGCCACCCCUUCAUUCAAGAUGUACUGUUUGCAAAAAACAAACAAACCCGAAGACAUCCCCCCCUCCCAAUUUCCUGAGUUUUCCUAGUCCUUGUUCAGAAAUCUCGGAACUUGGGAAACCCCAUACAUGAACAUAAUUGUUGGGCAGCCCACUAAUACCAUCAAGGGGUCUUACAAAGCCAUCACAUUAAUCUAUGAUAUGGCAACACUUAGGAUAAUUUGUGCAGCUCUUGAUCUUUUAUGUUAAAAAGAGUUGUAGCUGGAAAAGAUGCAGAAAAAGGUGUUGGGCAGAACAGUCCAGUGGUCCUGUCUCUCUCCCACACCAUAUUCUGGAUACUGCCAGUUGGGCAGUUUUCACAGUUAUGCCAGAAUAAUCAUGGUGUGUUCCCAGAUGCCAACAUAUGAUUGGGACCCACUUGCACUACAGGACUUAGGAUGGGAUCCAGAGGCAUCAUUGCUUCCAUCAGAGAAACCGGAAGGGGCACCAUUCCUCCUCCUGACCUGCAUCUCCACCACCACCCUCAAAAUGUGCUCCAGAGGACAGAGAAACCACCCGUAGCAGAUUUCCGGCUGACACAGAGGGCUGCAGGAGAAGAAAGUCUUAUGACGCUUAAGGUUGUCUGAAUGCAAGGAGGUGGGUUUAAGCCUCAGUCCGUAUCCUGUUCUCAUCUAGCUGGAAUAUUAAAGAUAGGCACUAAAUAAGUAACAGCAUCUCCUCUCCCAAAGUGCAACUAAAAUAACCACAACCAUGUUAUAUAUGGGGUGGGGUUUUAAACCACUGGCAGCUUCUUUAGAAAGCAAAAAUGAGAAAAACAAAUUAUACAAUUGUAUAUGGUGUGUAGAGGGAGGGAACAAAACAUAAUCAGAAUAGAAGAAUCUAAAGCAACUGAUAGGGUACUGGUUUAAGAUUGCAGCAAGAAAGGGCUUCUUUACAGAGUGUCCAAAUAGCCUAUACAAUUACAUUCCAUAGGGGACUUGGUGGGAUGCCCAUUUGCAUAAAUACUUAUUUAAUAAGAAUUAAUGGAAGACAGAUUUAUCCAGAGAUGACAUUGUACAGAAUGGGCUAGAAGAGGUGAUGCAGAGGACAAGCAAAGGAUGGAUAUGACCAUUUCCCCCUAUUUGUGAAUUUCUGCAGUACCUUUAUUAUCGGAGGUAAAAAUGCUGAGCUAAGUGGAGCACUGGUUUGAUCCACCAUCUUUUUGUAACUGUCUCUAGAUCCACAUUCCACGUUCUGCACCCAGCAAGAACUCUCCGUUCCCAUAGCCGAGGCUCCUCAUAACCCCCCAGGGCCCCCUCAUUCUCCAGUUCUAUCCUCCCCCAUCCCGGCUCUUGCUUCCUGUGUCUCAGAUCCAAACGACAUCUUGCGCUAAUCACAUAACGUACAACUCAAGGUUUGGGAUUUUUAAAAAAAUCACUCUAGUGUAAACAUGUGCAGCCCUGAUUCAGAUC